AUGUCCCUCCCACCGCUCAAUCUCACACUGUCAACCUCCUCUCCCUCUUUCCACCCGACCAUAACGCUACAUCUCCAACACCCAUCUUCCUCCUCGAUACCAUCAUCAUGCAACUUACGGGCGGAAUUGUCGCUCAAGCUACCAGACGAGGUGUUUCUAGAUCCAGAUGAGCUGGAGGAUAAAUUUGCUGGAUCGGCUAUAUCUUCUUAUACUCUACGUAGUACAGAAGGGAAGGGGAGAGUCAAGGUGGAUAUUGAACGCCCUUCGUUCGAAUUGGAUCAUGAGGAUAAGGACUCAGUCAUUAUAGAUCUGGAGAUAUCGACGCCUCAAGCUUACGCUACAAUAGUGCAGGGCAGAGAUAUGACGCCGGGAGAACUGAAAGAAGUGAACGUGGAAAUACCUUUACAUGGGAGGUAUCUUGCUCCGACUGAAGAAGGAGAAAGGGCUAUGCUAUUUCCUAAGGAAAUGAGGGGAGAAUGGAAGUGCAAAAUAGAUCCGUUGACGACCGCUCAUCUACCUUUGAUAUCUCAUACCUCGAUCUAUAUAACCUUACCCACUGGUAAACAUUCGCAUCAACCUUAUGUGGAGAUCAUCACUCCGAUAGCGAUUUGGUACGGAUGGGGUUGGUUGGUAUAUAAGAUAUUCAACUUGAGGAGUAGGAUAUCGUACCGAAAGGCAGAUAUGGUGAAGGAUAAGAAGGAUUUAUAA